GAUCUGAUCUGUUUUCUGACCAUGAUCUUCGGGAGGUCUUCAGUAAGGCCCAGGCCACCUCGCUACCCCCGCAUCGCUCCUACGACUGUGCCAUUGAUCUUCUCCUGGGCUCUUCUCCGCCUAAGGGUCGUUUAUAUUCCCUUUCGGGUCCUGAGAGAGAGGCCAUGGACAAGUAUAUACGGAGCUCGGGUCUUCACCAAGUUAAACCUGCGCAACGCCUACCACUUGGUGCGCAUUCGGGAGGGGGAUGAGUGGAAGACGGCGUUUAUCACCCCUUCGGGACACUACGAGUACUUGGUUCUUCCGUUUGGUCUUACCAAUGCUCCAGCCGUUUUCCAGGGACUCGUCAACAGCGUGUUGGGUGACAUGAUUAAUCAAUUUGUCUUUGUGUAUUUGGAUGAUAUCUUGAUUUUCUCCUCUUCUCUCCAAUUACACACCCAGCAUGUCAGACCCAGCGGUUGCUAGAGAAUCAGUUGUUUGUCAAGGCGGAGAAGUGCGAAUUCCACGCUGAGUCAGUUACGUUCCUUGGCCACAUUAUUUCUACGGAGGGGAUCAAGCCAGAUCCCGCUAAGAUUGAAGUUGUCGUCCAGUGGCCGGUCCCUGACUCCCGGAAGGCUCUGCAGCGAUUCCUGGGUUUUGCCAACUUCUACCGGCGAUUCAUCAGAAACUUUGGUCAGAUCGCUGCACCGCUCACAGCCUUAACCUCCACUAAGGUGUCCUUCAGAUGGAACCGGGAAGCGCAGAUGGUGCGUGAGCAAUACCUCACCACUACAGAUGAGUCUGGGUCCCUGGCUCCAGUCACGGAGUACCUCUACAUGAUCGGCAUCUAUGGCUGGAGGAAACGCUGCCUCUACAUGUUCGUUCUGCUUCUCCUCAUCAUUCUGGUGGUGAACUUUGCCCUCACGAUCUGGAUCCUGCGAGUUAUGUGGUUCAAUACGGAAGGCAUGGGAUACCUGCAGGUCAAUGCAGAUGGACUGAGACUGGAGGGAGAAUCGGACUUUCUGUUCCCUCUCUACGCCCAGGAAAUUGACUCCAGGGAGGAUUCAGCUCUUCUGGUGCACUCCUCUGAAAAUGUUACGCUCAAUGCUCGCAAUGCCAAUGGUGAUGUAACAGGAAGUGUGUCCGUAGGUCCCAGUCAGGCCGAGGGUUUUGGCCAACACUUCAAUAUCAGUUCAAACCAUGAUGAAAAUUUGUUUUAUGCUGAUGCAAAUGGAGCUGUCGUGGGUAAAGGAAAGCUCCGCGUAACAGGUCCAGAAGGUGCUUUCUUUGAGCAUUCUGUUAGGACUCCUCUGGUAAAAGCUGUACUUAACAAAGAGCUAAGACUGGAGUCUCCGACACGCUCUCUCAGCAUGGAUGCCCCCAAAGGCGUUCACGUCAAAGCUUUGGCUGGAAAUGUUGACGUGACAGCACACUUUGAUAUUCAGCUACACUCAACUGCAGGACUGUUGAUUCUAGACGCUGAAAGCGUUCGUCUGCCGACAUUACCUGUGGGAGAAGCCAGAACUUCCGGCACCUCUCAGAAUAUGUACAACUUAUAUGAAGUGUGCGUUUGUCCCAGCGGUAAGUUCUUCAUCUCCAGAGCUGGCGUCUCUUCGACCUGCGGCGAGAACCAGGACUGCUGAAUGACCUUCUGCCCAUAAUACCCACACUAGAAACUAAUCGUUUUGUUACAUUGUCUCUGGGCAUAUAUGGAACAAAUUAUUAUAUUUAAUUUUUUCCUUUUUUUGUAUACAAAUUGUUCAAAAUUAGGCUGGGCAAUAAAGGCGCUGGUAAACAGCUGACAUCCUAUGCAAUAUAAUUUUGAGGUGCAAUAAAUAACCAGAUUCUGUGUGUUGCAUAUCAGCUAGUUAAUGUUUAAAGAUGCACUCAUAGCGAAAUUGAUUAUUACAUGUAAAGCUUACUGAGAUGGACGUGCCUUGAUCACCGAGGGUUAUGAUAUACACCUUUUAAAGGGUUAGUUCACCCGAUAAUUCGUCCAUCUUCUACUCACCCUUGAAGCAUCCUAGGUGUAUGUGACUUUCUUCUUUAAGAAUAAUCCAAUCGGCGUUAUAUUAAGUAUCAUCCUUGCUCUUCCAAGCCUUUCAAUGGGGAAAGUGGGUGUUUGUUGUUAAAAGUUAAGAAGACAUUAAAUAAAGUGCGUGAAUCUGGGGAUGAAUAAAGGCCCCCUGUAGCGAAACCAUGCGUUAAGAUGAAUAUCCAGAUUCCAAAAGCAAUAAAAACUUUGUUUCUCACUUCUGCUGACUAUGGGGAACUGGAAGACAUGCAGGCGGAUGUUGUAGUUCGUCAGCAUUGCGUGGUUAGUGAUGAGUGCGGAGAGAGACCAAAACAAAAUGCUGGUCAUGAAUUAGAAGCACAAAGUGAGGAUUUGUAAAGAAAAACAUUAGAGGAUUUCAAAAUAAGCCAAGAGGAGACAGGCUUUCCUUUGCUAAAGUAAGGAAACUUGCGUGCGUGUGUGCGAUGCAUGCAUCUUACAUCUUCUGUCUGAAUGUCUUCCGCGUCCCACAGUCAGCAGAUGUUAGAAAAAAAGUAUUGUGUUUGAAAUCUGGAUAUUUAUCUUACAAAAAUGCAUGGAUUCUCUACAGAGGGCCUUUAUUCACCCCCGGAGCCAUUUGAGGGACGUUUUAUUACAGAUGCGCGCACUUUAUUUCACGUCUUCUGAACUAUUGAAAACAAACACUCGGUUACUCAAUAUUUAAUAUAAAGCCGAUUGGAUUAUUUUGAAAGAAAAAAGUCACAUACACCUAGGAUGCUUGAGGGUGAGUAGAAGAUGGACAAAUUUUUAUUCUUGGGUGAACGAAGCCUUUAAGUCGGUUUGAUUACAACUUUUUUUUUUAUAAGUUAAGUAUAUUAACGAAUUUGUCAGAAGAACUACACAACACACAACCCUGAAACAGUGGCAUUAAAUUAUUUUGUGAAGCAUUCUAAUAUAAUAAAAUCAAAUAGUCUCCAUUCAAUCUUGAAUAACUUUGUUUUUGGUUAAAAACCUAAUUAGGAAAAUCUAUCAGACAACAAAUCUACUGUCAUUUUUGUUAAUCAAAUGGCAAAUGUGUUAGUGGCAAAAUAGCUGGUGUAUUGCUAGUAACUGCAUUCUGUUAGUGAAAAUCAAUGUAAUUGAUCUAUUAAAACUGCUGUAAGAUAUAAAUUAUUCUUGCAUUUUGAACUUUAUACACAAUGGUUUGAUAUCCCCAACCCCUCCCAGAACUGUUUUGCAUAUGAUCUGUUUGAAAAUGCUAAGAGUUAUUAUUUCUUCAUAUUUACACAUCUGUUGUAUACUAUAUAUUGAUGUGUAUUUAUUUUUAUUUUAUUUUUGUAUGGGGGAAAAAUUAUUAAAAUGUAAAAGUUUACAUAUUUUAAGUUAAUAAUUGCAGUAGUACUGGAUUUUAAUUAUGUUAUAAUUUAAUCAAGCAUCCAGUGUUUCAAUGUUCAUGAGUUGACGUGGUCAAAAAUAAAAAUAAAUAAAAAUGGGAACAUUCAAA